AUGUCCGUACCGGCAAAAGAACCUGAAACUAAAGGCAUUGAAUUCAUCGAAGCCGAUCAAGAAGAGAAUAAUCAAACAAAAGAGAGCACCCAACUCGAGAGCUCUACCACCUCCAUAAACAGCAGCAUUCUCCGCUACCGUGAGGAAAAUGGCCGCACCUACCAUGCAUACAAAGACGAAAAGUACGAGCGCCUCGACCUUCAGUAUCACCUCAGCCUGCGUACACUGGAUGAUAAGCUCUAUAUCUGCCCCGUAGGUCGUGAUGGCGGGAUCCCAUUACGCAACGUCCUCGAUCUCGGCACCGGAACUGGCGCUUGGGCUCUCGAUUUUGCCGAAGAGAACCCUGAGACUCAAGUGUAUGGCGUCGAUUUGAGCCCUAUUCAGGGUCCCUUUGUACCGCCCAACGUCACCUUCCAGGUGGACGAUGUUGAGGAUCAGUGGACGUACAGCACCAAAUUCGACUUUAUUUACAGUCGCCACAUGACAUCUUCCAUAUCGGAUUGA